AUGUCUCGACGCGCGACGCCAUCCCAGGCUGCUCAGAACCAGCAGACCAUCAAGAACCUGCUCAAACUCGAGUACAACAAGACAUGUGCCGAUUGCAAACGCAAUAAACAUCCACGAUGGGCCUCCUGGAACCUAGGAAUCUUUAUUUGUAUCCGCUGCUCGGGCAUUCACAGGGGAAUGGGUACCCAUAUCAGCCGGGUGAAAUCCGUGGAUCUCGAUGCGUGGACCGAUGAACAACUGCAGAGUGUAUUGAGAUGGGGCAAUGCGAGAGCCAACAAAUACUGGGAGGCGAAACUGGCGCCCGGUCAUGUUCCCUCGGAAGCUAAGAUUGAGAAUUUCAUCCGGACCAAGUACGAUUCAAAGCGAUGGGUGAUGGACGGCCCAAUGCCCGACCCUUCGACGCUGGAUGUCGGCGACGAUGAUGUGCCCCUUGCGGUCGUCCAAGAGAAGGCGAAACUUGAGCGCUCGGCCUCCCAACGAGUGGCCACCUCUAGCCAACCCCCCGCGCCCCAACGCCAACAACCUGCUAUCGAUCUGUUUGGUGAUGACAUCUCUCCUCCGGUGCGCCCUAGCACCACCGAACCUACACCCCGAGCUGCGCCGAAACAGCAACAGCCGCCAGCGCAGGCUGCCCCCAAAGCCCAACGCCCGGGAGACUCGUUGCUUGGGCUGGAUUUCUUCGGCAGCACCGAGCCGGCGGCCGCCAGCCGUCCGGCUAGCACGGCCUCCACGCCGACGAAUCCUACUGGCAUGUCUCGACCUGAUCUGAAGCAAUCCAUCCUGUCGCUCUACUCGAAGCCUCAGCCUGCUCCGGCGCAGCAUCAACGGACCACCUCGUUCGGCGAUCUGGCAUCCCCUCCCCCGCAGUCGGCUUCUUCCAUGGGUGGUCUCACCGAUGCGUUCAGUGGAUUGAGCUUCCCAUCGACCACGUCUCCUCCACCUCCGAAGCCCGCCGAGAAACCCUCACCUUUUGCCAACCUGACUAGCUUCGCAAAGUCGACUCCGGCCGCUCCCAAGGUUUCUUCUCCUACCAUUUCUACCAGUGGUGGAGGUAGCUUGUUCGACAGCCUCACGUCUCCGACCAUCCCCCCGGCCAAGCCCCAGUCUCGUACCACGUCGAUUUCUUCCAACGGAUUUGACUCUGGAUUCGGCGGCUUUGCUUCUCCCCCACCCAACAAGCCGAACCCGCCACCACCGUCGUCUCUGUCAAAUGAUCUGUUCGGCCUGUCGUCUCCGCCCCCAGCUCCGGCAGCUGUGGCGUCGCCGUCUCCACCCCCGGUCAUCUCGUCCCCGCAACAGGAGCUGAGUUCCGCUUUCAACAUCAGUUCCCCGCCUCCACCUAAGCCCCAGGCCCCGGCCGCAUCCACGGCAUCUAUCGCAAGCGCUUUGCCAGCAAGCAUUGACCCUUGGGGCGGCGGUAACGCUUGGUCCACCCCUGAUCCCGCGCCCCCUGCACCCUCUACAACCACCACUGCGGCCUCGAUGAUGAAGGUGCCGGAUACCCUGACCGCUAACGAUAUCGGUGCUGGCUGGGGUGCCCCGUCCCCGUCAGCUUCAAGCUCCAAGCCAGCCCCCACGGUGGCCGCGGACGAGGACUUCGGCGGUUGGGCCAGCGCAGCCCCUGUGUCGUCGAGCACGACAGCGACAAGUUCGACUAAACCGGCUGGCGGGUUUGGUGGCGCUGAUGAUCUAUUUUCUAAUGUUUGGGAGUAG